UUCGUGUGUAGAAAUUGUGAAGCUCCGCUUGCAUGCGUGUCCGAUGUCGUCUCAAGGGCAUUCCAGGGGAAGCUCGGUCGGGUGUAUCUGCUGCAGCGCAUGGUGAACGUUCAGCUGGGGCCCCGGGAGGAUCGCGCGAUGAUCACAGGCCUCCACGUCGUUGCCGACCUUCACUGCCGUAGCUGUGAGACGCUUCUGGGCUGGAAGUACCUCGAAGCUUUCGACGUGCUCGAGCAGCGAUACAAAGAAGGAAGGUUUGCCAUCGAAAAG